UAGAAAGAGAUCUAAAAGCAAUGGAAUACAAGCAUUUCGGCCAUGAGCACAACCUCUCGAUGUACCAAGUGCAGCCAGGGCAACAACUUCGUUGCUCUGGCUGCGACAAAUUCUGUGAUAAAACCAUUUACGCUUGUUGGCACUGCAAAUUUUUUCUUCAUGAGCAUUGUGGAAACGCCACUCGAUACAUACGACACCCUUUUCACACUACUCAUCCUCUCAUUCUUAGCCCAUACCCAACUUACCCUUCAAAUUGCUUCUUAUGUAACGCCUGUGGAACCACUGGAACAAGGUUUUCAUAUUGUUGUGCAUUAUGUGAAGUCGAUCUCCAUGUCAAUUGUGCUUUCCUCCCCCCGAAGGUAACACAUAAGGCUCAUCCACAUGAGCUACUUCUUAACGUUAGCAAUCGAGCCCAAGAUCAGAAUGCAACAAACCAAGUGUGCAAGAUAUGUAGAAAGUCGUUGGAUUGUAAGCAUUGGUCGUAUGAAUGUGGUGUAUGUGUAAACUAUGGUGUUCAUACAUUGUGUGCGACAGCUGAGGUAAAAAUGGGUCUGUAUCAGAUGGAUGAUGGGUCGGAUACUGAAUCUGACCAGGGGCAGGGUGCACCGAAGCCUCAACAGGCUGCACCAACGGCUCAGCAGGGUCCAAGUGAGGGUCAGGUUCAGGUGGAACUAACACCACAGGAAGCUCUUGCAUUUCUUCAUCUCAUGGGACUUACUAAUGGUGCUUCUUAUGUAUAAGCUUUGUAUUGAAGUUGUAUGCGUAAUUGAGAUUAAUUAAUUAACCCGGUUUUAAUUUAUUUGUAAAUGAUUGUGGGUUCGUGGCUUACUGUUAAUAAGGAAUG